AUGACAAAUUCAAAUAAAGAAAAAUUUUCAAAAGGUAUUCAUAAUCAAAUCAGUAGUAAUUCAAUAGAUAAUGAACCAAGAAAUCUUCCAUCACCAAAUCAAAUCUUUAGUUUAACAAAUCCAACUUCUUCUACAUCACAAUUACAAACAAUUGGUCAUCAAACUUCUCAAUCACAUGGUGAAUCACAUGAAACACCUAAAAUUAGAUUACCAAGUCCGUCUUCACUUCUUAGACAAAAUCAAAUUAAUAGCCCUGUUCUACAUCAUCGAAACAUCUCAAGUGAGUCAAAUGAAAUACCGAAUAUAUCAUCAUCCUACCUGAAUCUUAGUCAAAGUAAUAUUUCAAAUCGAAUAAUUUUGCAACCUCAAUUACAACCUCAGCUACAACCUCAGUUUCGACCUCAGCAGCACACGCAAUAUUUACAACAACAACCUUUAGUUCAACAAGCAAUACCGCCACCUUUCACUUCAGAUUCACUUCAACCAAUUUAUCCACAACAUUUAGAUCCCAAUCAACAAUUUCAACCAUAUCCACCAAUCCAAGAACAGUCAUCAUCGUCUUCUCAAAAUCAAAUUCAUAGUCAAAUUAUUUAUACGUCAACAUUUCAACAACAAUUUCAACAACCAUCAAAUAUACAACAACAACAACAAUAUUAUAAUUAUUCUUCUCCUCCAAAUCAAUUCUCACCUCAUGCUUUACAAAUUCAACAAAAUGUUCAAAGCCCUAUCGAAACAUUACCAUAUCAUCAUGAUAAUAUCCCAUUAAAAAGACGAUCUAAAAGAUCAACUACAUGGACACCAGAGGAAGAUUCAUUAUUAAGAUAUUUAAAAGAAGAAAAAAAAUAUGGUUGGCUGCAUAUUGCUACAUUUUUUGAUGGUAAUAGAACUAAUUAUAGUUGUCAAUUUAGAUGGAGAAGAUUAAUGAGUGCUCAAAAAUCAAAAUCAAAUGAAUCUCGAAAACGAAGUGAUACUAGUAUUUCUGGUGAACUGAUAAGUGGUCAACAAGUAUUAACAGAUAAUCAAGUUUAUGAAUCUACUUCAAGCUCGUCUCUGACAAUUAGACCAAUUAUUCAAUCUACAAAUAUUGAAACUGAAAGUUCAAUCAAAGAAAAAGAUGAGAAAGAAGAAGAAGAAGAGGAAGAGGAAGAUCCAAGUAAAAAAAAACAACAUAAGAUUAAUUUCUUGCUUAAUUAA